AUGGCCGCUGAAUCUUCGAAACGCUCGGACCUGAUAGAUGUGUCCUAUCAGCAACUUCACACCAUUCUCUGCGGUCGCAAUGAAGGAACCUCCCCAGAUCAAAUUAACGACUUCCUAACUCCACGAAUAUCCCAGCUCAAGUCAAUAUCAGAACCAUUUGGCAAGCCGUCCGACGCAUCUCGCAAGAAAAUUGAAAGCGGCUCGGUCGAACUUCCAGACAAAGUUGUGGUUCGCGUAGAGGAUGCAGACAAAGACUUUGUCUUCGCCAUCAGUUCAAAGUUCCAAAUCGAUGAAAUACAAGCCCUGAUCCUCUUCAGGUCGUUUCUAUUCAAUGAGGGCCUUGGCGAUGCGACCAUGACCGAAGAGCUGCUGGAAGCAAUCACACCAUUCUACUUUGAGCAGCGGCUGCACAUCCUCCGAGUCCUCAUUCCUCUACUCCGAGGGGACGAGAAUGAAAUCCUGCAGAAAAUCAUCUCGGAUCCCCGCCAGUUUGUCAGCUCGUUGAUCGCAGAGUACGUGCGCAAAACGAAGGAGGGGACGAGCAGUGACGAUCCGCGGACGGCGUCUAAAUGGGCGAAACAGAAUCUCAAGGAACAGCUCAUCUUGCUAGAGGUGCUUUUCGCGACGAUGUGGGGGUAUGUCGCUUGUAGUGGACCGCUGGUGGUGGAGAUUUAUGAGGCGGCAUAUUCGACCAACCUAGGUGCCGUCCAACAGAACUCGACGCUGCUGCUUGAUGAAGAGGGAUUACAGUUGCAGCAAGACUGCGCAGCCCUAUGGAUGCUGAUUACCGUAGAGGUGCUGGAACUAGAGACGCUAUCGGAGCCAGAGGCCGUGCAGAUCUCAAACGAACCUGCCAACAAAGACCUUUAUAUCGCCGACCCGGAUUCGUUGAAACGAAUCCACGAGCUAGUCAUAUCGAAUGCCCACAGUCAGUACGCGUGCGCCUACUUGGGCUGGGCAUUCGUCCUCUCGCGACUACGGGCGGCGGCCUCAGGGUUGAAGGAGAUGCCGCCAAACUUCCACAGCUUCUUCGAGUCGCUGGAUAGCCAGCUUGGUCGCUCCUAUUCCAAGGACAGGGAACCUAUAGACCAGCUGAUGGUACAAACGUGCUUAGACCCGGGUGUAGGGUUGUUCAGUCUCAUCCACUCGUUGCUCACUUGCUCCCCUCUCUUCGUGACGGCCAUCUCCUACAAGACCGGGUCAACCGUGACAGAUCCAAAUGGGCUAGCCUUCCGGUCAGUCCUAAAAGGAUUGCUCAUGGCUCUUGUUGAGCUUGUUCCGGUGGAACUCAUUCCCGAUUUUGAUGGAUUGGUUCAGGUCUGGAUAGCGUUGUUUGGUCGAAGUGAGAGUGAAUCUAUCUCCGGCAUCUGCAUGCAGUUCUGGCAAGCAGACUGGCCUCGCGGAAUCGCACGACGAGCAAUCUUCGACGUAGCGCGCUCAAGAUUUCCCAUACAACUCAAACCCUUGAUCAGGCUGCUGCGAUCCAUGACUGGGUCUGGGUUCCUGGACACUGACGAGCUGUCUACGGCGGAUCACUCUAAUGAAGGGAUGGGGCUCACCACAGAUCGGGAUACAUGCGAUAGACAUGUCUUCUACUACAUGGACAAGCUGCCGACAUUUUCCCAGGUGAUUCCGCUCAGCGCUUGCACGGGUGCCCACGCACAAUACGAAAGACAACAAGAGCGAUACAGCUCAUCUAGCACGGGCGGCCUGACGUACCUCAAUUUACAUCCCAUACACCUCCCAGGAGGGUCGAUCUUACCCGCCCGAACCCCUGGACGGCUCCUCAGUGGUGACAACGGGGACUUCAUAGUUGUUAGUUGGCAACACGAACAUUCGGGCUGGAAAUUGGUGCUGGAGGUACUGACAGAUUAUGUCAAUCGUCGGCGGAAAUAUACUGGGUUUGGUGGAGGAUAUCACGACGUGUCCUAUGCGAAGAAAAGCUCUAACCAAGUCACAACACUACUAUUAGAGGACGUCGGGGUGGAAAUUCCUCCAGAGGGCGACGAUGAACUCAUCACGGAUUGCUUCGACCUCAUACGCAGCCUGAUACAAGACAACCCGGUACAGGCAGAGCAGUUGGUGCAAGCAAUGGAAAGCGAAAACGGUGUUGUUUCCGCCGACUUGGACGAGACCACACCGCCCAAUGUUGUGCAGCUAACGACAAUGAUCCUUGAAGAGGCCCUCUCUCGUACACACUCUGCUGCCCGCGACGCCUCACACGCACGUCUCAUCACGUCCGCCAUGAGUGUCUUGUCCGCUCUCCUCGUCCUUCCCGCACAUUCCAAGCGCGUUUGGUUGUAUAUCCGUUCCACGACAGCAAUGUUUGGCUCUGAGCGCAACCACGGAUUCGCUUCGGUUGCCUUGGCCGCUGAGCGAGUAACGGGGCAUUAUACGAUGACACUGGCGCUCUUGCACUUGGUACAGCAACUGUUCUCGGAAGCAGCUACCUCCAUUGUUCCAGAUAACCCUCGGCUAAUGCAAGUGAAGGAGGAAGUCCUUUUGCGCGCGGUACGAUUUGUGCACACCGAAGUUUGGGUCGAGCAUCUAGGUUGGAAGUAUGCCCAACUGGGAGAUAGAUUCGAAAUCGGCCGGCGAAUAAGUUCGCUAUAUAGCAACAUCCUCACGAAUGCCCCUCCUUCGCUCGAGAAGCGCCCGUUCCCUACUCUCAGCCAAGCAAUCGCCGAUGUCUUGUUGCUCAAGGCCACGACAGCAGCAAUCAACCCCCUCGUCUCUGCUGUAUGCUCUGGCGGGCAGAUCGUCUCCAAGCUUUACGACACCAGGCGUAUCAGCGAAGCCAGACGCCUAAUCUUUUUGUUAUCGUCGCACUUGCAUCUCAUGAGUCAGAUCCUAUUGUGCAAGCAAAAGUCGUCCAUGGCUACCUCCUCUUGUCUGCUGGAACAAGCCCUGUGUUCUCGUAUCAGCGGGAUAGCGAUUCCUAUGGAGGGAAGUCGUUUCAAGCUGGAUCCGAUCGAUGUUCUUGCAUCGUAUGUGAGGCAUCGUGAUCUUGGCGAGGAAGUCCCGCGGGAGGCUAUGUGGGUUCUAUACCACCUAUGCACUACCCUAUCCGUGUCUCAACCAUCACCACCUACGAUUAUCGGUCACCUUUCGAAUCCCGAAGCAACAGUCGCGUCACUUGUGAGAAUCAUUCAACAUCCAUACGACGAUUUGAAUUUGCGCAAUGCUGUCUGGAGCUUCAUUGCCCUUGCCGUGGACAAAGAACCGGCGCUUGCGAGUCUCUUUGCCACAGGCCGAUUCCGCACGCCGCCGGAGUUCAAGGGGAAAGGCAAAGUGAAGCUCGUGGAGGAUAGCGCAGAAAAUCCGAAAACAACGAGUGCACUGGAGGUAGCGCGGGAUGUGCUUGUCAAUUGGAAGGCGAUGUGGGAGAUGAAUCCCCAGCUUCUUUCGUCUGUCGUGCGCUUCCUGUACGCUGUCUGGCAGCAUGGGCUGGAGCACAAGGUGAUUAUCGAGGAUAUUCGCGAGAAUAAAGCUUUCUGGGAGCAGGUUGUAGCCCUUGCUUGCGAAGAGUCAACGCCAGCACCCGACUAUCAGGUGGAGUGCUUUAUCUCUGUAGAAGGCACCAAUCGUUCCAAUUUAGACGAUGCCGUAGCCUGUCAUGCGUAUCGCACCAUGGCAAAGGCUUAUGCGAUUCACAUUCUCACCCUCGACCUUAACAUCCACUUCCAGUCGCACCCCCGCGACGCUGUCCCGUCCAAGCCUACUAGCUACACGCAAUUAGAGGGUCACCUAAAACAGGAAGAUCAGAUGACGGACUUGCUCUCUGAAGCGGCUUCGAAUUCAUACGAGCCCAGCUUGCACGACCACCUUACGGAGCUGUUGGAUUCCCAGUUCCCUGGGACCUCCAUCGAGCUGCUCGAGCGUCCUGAACCAAUCCAAGCCCGGACGUUUGGGGAUGAUUUCACCUUCUCAUUGUCCCUUCUUCAGACUCGAUUGCACGCUUUCGCCCCGCUACCCACAAAUGAAGACUACAUGGAGAACAUGGAUCUGGCUCAAAGGCAGCUUUGUUCCAUCAACCUGAAUUUAUCUUUAAGCCACUCUCAGUCGUUCCUCGCAGAGGCUUGGCAGUCCCUCCUUCGUCGAGCCAGCCCCUACCUAAGAGGAGAUGACUCUAUCAGACCGACAAUGUUAAGCAUUGCCGCGAACGUGUCCUACAGUAUCUCUCAAGAGCAACGGUCCGGUGACAUGAUGGCCAUCAUACACGGUACCAGAUUGUCGCUACUCCUCAGCAUGCUCGAACUCGUUUGGUUUUCGUCUUCGGAGAAACCAAACGAAGUCAAAGCGUUCAUAGAUGUCAUUCGCAACGUCCACGGUAUAUCGCUCAAUGAAGCACAAUCGCCAUCGAGAUCGUUCAUGGGUUCCUUGACUGUACCUUUCCACCAGUCGCUUCUACAACUCGUUUAUUUCUGCGCUCGACAAGCAAGAAGUAUUCUACCCCGGCCCAAAGCGACAACGGCAGAACAGCGCUUGGAUAUCUCUGCGAUGAUCGAAUCGACAUUGACAAUGGUAGUUGAUGCCUUGAGUAUUGUAUUUGACUCGGCUAGUUCAAGGAACGACAUUGAAUUAGACCGUGACAUGGAGCUUCUAGUGGCCGUCUUUGAACAAUGCACGCGGCAGGACAUCAACGCUUCGUCCACAUCAUGGCUGGCUCGCUUUCAGGAACGGGACGUUCUACAAGCUAGUCUCAAUCUUUUCACCCGUAUUGAUCUUGUAGGCCUUGCCGAUUUACCACUGCUGCUAUCUCGAAAGAACCCGCUCUAUACACCACAUAUCCUCACUUUCCACAUGGCGCUAGCAAGCAUACCAUCUGCUGCACAACGCCUAGCCAGCGGGGGCAUUUUGGCGGCGUACAGCAAUAAUCCCAUUGGUGCGGCUGCAAGUUCUGGGCUGAUUGACACCACCAUCCCCGAAGUACCUGGCGAGCGUAGCCCGGCGCAUCGCAUCUAUUGCACGAUGCUUUCCAUUGUGGCGGGUAUUCUGACAGCUCUUGGGCGCCAGAGCCACUACUUCGAUGCGGAGGCAAGCGGCCUCCUUCAACUAUACGACGGUCAAAUAUCGAGAACGUUGUCCUGGACGAUCGGUGAUUCGCUGAGUUUCGCGUUAUUGGAAGAGAUGGAACAAACAGUCCACGUCUUCUCCACUCUGGCCUCCAACGCUCCUUCACCUUCCAAUAUCCACCCAGCUGUUGAGAAGGUGCUGCGAACCUUCACCGAGCGCGCCCUUCUUCUUCUUCAGCAAUUGAACUACGCUGUAACGCAUCCGAACCACCUCGCCAGCCUCAUCGAGCCCACUACGUCUGAGGAGCGCAUCCAGCUAGAUAAAGAGUCAGCUAUAUCGGAUCCCUUGAAACGGCCGCUCAUCGCCCAACUCAUCCAUCGCUUCUUCCGUCUCUCCAGCAACCUUCUCUCCACAUUGAUUAGCAUCAGCCGAGCUGACACAGUAUUGCUGCAAGACCAAGAAGAUUGGCCAGUCCAAGAGGCGUGGCUUGUUCCGCACUCGAAGAUCGUUCUCGGCGAACCUGCAUCGUUAGGCACUCUUCUCGAAUUGGGAAACUCUACGCUUGAUAUCCUCCGAGAGCUCACUGGUCGACCUGCUGGGGAAAGCUUGACGCAGAAACCAUCCGGAUCAGACUCAUUGAACGUUCGCCAGGGAGUCGAAACGGCGCGAUACAAUCUAGAGGGGAUUCUGACAUAUGCUAUCACACAAUUGGCGAUGUGGCUAUGCAAACCUGAGUUUGAUGGUGGUGCUGGAGAUACUGAUGGGGAGGAGCAGAUGAUGGACGAGCGUCGGCCACCCAGGCCUUCUGCUAGCUUGGCUGGUCGGUUACGGAGAGGGAUGACGGGUGAGAUGGCUGCUGAUUUGCAGUCGCUCCUCACAAAAACGCAACCCAUGAUUGCAAAAAGUGAUACUGUCUUAGGGAAAGGGCACGUAGACAUGACAGGUAUCUUGUCCAAUUUCCUACGUGAACGUAUCCUUAAGUUGGAGAACUCACCACUGACAGUCUUCGCCACUUUUGACGCCAACCCUUCUUGUUGGUACCUAACGCAAGUAUACAGCGUCGAUAUCUACUCGCGGCGACAACGAUUCGAAGAUCCUUAUAACGUAACAAGACGCAGGGAAAAGGCCAACAAGACCGUCUGGGACCACGGCUUCGAGUUCCUAGACAUCCUAUUUUUGCGUCUAGACUUGCGUGUGCUCAAGGAGCCCCAUGAUCCAUUAUCUAUCCCCAACCUACCAGCCACGAUGCGAAAUGAUCACACGAAGAAGUAA